AUGCCGCCGUCCUCCUCCCGCCUCUUUGCAAAGCUCGACGCGGCGCUCGGCGACGCGCUCGGGUGCGAGGUUCCGUCCGGUCGCUCGCUGGCGCUGCUUUUGCAGCAUGGCACCGCAAAUUCACUUCCGCCAGGUGGCGCUGCGGCCAGUGUGGCGGCGCACAGCUACGCGCUCCGGCAGCGAGGCCUCGUCAGCGCAGCUGAGGCGCUCGAGCAGACCGCUGCCCCAGUGCUCUCCGACUCUUCCACACCGGCACCGGCGCCCGCCGCUUUGUCGGGCAGCCUGGCCGCGGAGCACGAGCGGUGCGAGCGGUGGGGUCUGUGCGAGCCCGCGCUGGCGCUGCGCCUGCUCCUCGCUCUCGCGCGGUCCGCGCACCCCGCGCCCGAGGCGGCGGGCGCCCGCUCCUCCCUCCACCGGCUCGGCGCGGCAGGCCUCUGGGUGCCCUCCGGCUCUGCAGCGGGCCGGCCCUUUGGCCUGCUCGCUGCGGAGCGCCUGGUCGUCCCGCCGAGCGGCGGCGUCUGUGUGCGCAGGCAGGGCGGAGGCAGCCCCAACCAGCAGCGCCGCAGCAUCGCGGGCUGCGCGGGUGCGGUGAGCGCGUCCCCUCCGGACGCGAGCAGCUUCUUCCGUGUCCGACAGCACGCGAGGGAAGGAAGGCCCCCGUCUAUGGCGCGGCGGCUUGGCGCCCGCCCUGCCUCGCAGCCCCGCACUCCGCGUGAGGCCAUCGGCUCGCCCGCGCUGCCAGCGACGCCGCCGCCUCGCCGCCUCGCGCCUCCGCCUCUGCCGCCUCCGCCUCUGUCGGCGGCGCAGCGAGGCGCUGCCGGCGCGCCGCUCCUCACGCCGGCCACCGGCGUGCGGCGGCAGUGGCUUGCGCCGACAGACGGCGAUGGCGCCGCCGCGGCGGUGCAGCUGCUGCUCGCCCUGCAAGGGGCGGGAGAGUGGCGGCUCGGCGUGUCCCCCGCACACGCGCCGAGUGGCUGCGCCGCCACGUGGCGCGAGGUGGCGGCGAGCCGCGGCCGUGCGCAGGCGCUGUGCGAGACGGCGACGGCGCUGGAGCGGGGCGGCUGGGGCGCCGUCGGCCGCGCGCUCGGCUGCGCCGUCCAAGCUGCCCUCCGCCGCUGCACAAAGGCGUUGGCCGACGUCCCGCGGCUGGUGAGUCAGCUCGCGGCGGACGAGGCGGCGGCGGCGGUCGAGGGCGGCGGCGGCGGCGGUGCUGAGUCGUGCCGGCUGACGGUGCUGGGCGCGGCGAUGCACGCGCGAGGGGCCGCCGCAGAGCACGCACGGCUCGCAGCCUCCCUCCUCGCCGCGUUCGCCUCGGGACACCCCAGCAGUGAUCGGAAAGCGGGCGCGCCUCCCGCGGCGGCGGCCGCCGCCGCCCUGCGCGCUCUGCCGUCGGCUGGCGACGGCGUCGUCCUCUUGCGCGGCCUGGAGGCGCACGCCGCCUCCUCCUCCCUCGGGGCGGCGCCACGGCAGGCCGCGCUCGCGGCGGCACUCUUUCGCGAGGCGGCGCUGCCGUGGCUGCGGGAGCUCGGAGAGGUCGCCUUCGGCGAGCACGCCGCAGGCGCGACUCUGCGCUUUGAGCCGGACCUCUCCGCCGCGGCCGAGGAGUGCGGCGCGUGCGUCGCCAUGCUCCGCUCCUCGGCGGUUGCCGACCGCUACGCCAGCCUUGCGCUCGCACUCGCGUCGGGCGCCGUCCCCCCGGCGUCGCCGAGGGACGCGUCGGGCCGGAGCGGCAGGCUCGCCAUUGCGGCGGGGGCCGCGUUCGCCUGGCUGCCCGCUGGAAGCCGCUCUCUCGCCUCUGCGCGCGAGGCGUGGGCCGGCCGUUUCUCGCGCGGCGAGGUGGGGCCGCCCUCACCUCCCGCGCACCCACCAUGCCCGCUGCCCAAUCCCGCCGCCCCGGCUUUGCGCGGCCCCGGCGCUCGCGCUGCCCCGGCUACCCUCUCCUGGCUCGAGGAGCGCCGUCGUAUGCCCUCGCAGGCCAUCCUCGCGUCCAUCGAGCGCGCGUACGAAGAACGCGACGCGGCGGCCGCCGCCCGCCGCCGCGCGGAGUCGAAUGCCGCUCGAUCCGCGGCUGAGCUCUCGCGGGCGCGGGCGGCGGAAUGGGAGGAGGAGCUGGGCCGACGCCGCCAUCAGGCUGCUCGUGCGCGGCGCGAGGAGCUCGAGGCGCAGCUGUCUGAGCAGGCGGCGGCGGCGGCGGCGGAGGCGGAGGCAGCGGAGGCGGAGGCGGCGGCGGCGCGGCAAGCGGCGGCAGAGGCGGCGGCAGAGCUCGAGCGCGCACGAGCAGCACUCGAGGCGCGUUAUGCUGAGGCUGCUGCGGGCGCUGACCGCCGGCUGCGGAUGGCCCGCAUGCGUGCAUCGCGUGCGAGAUCAGAUGCCUCCUCGCGGUCGCCCGCUCUGGCCGACGAGCAAGCAGAGCCGGCAGAGGGGCGAGGGAUUGAGGCGGCAGAGGCGGGAGAGGCAGCGGCAGAGACAGAGGCGGAGGCGGUAGCAGAGGAGGCGGCGGUUUCAGAAGAGGCAGCAGAGGAGGCGGCAGUGAGCGGAGCGACGGAUAUGACUGCUGAGGUGGUGGCUGAGGCAGCUACAGAGGAGGCGGCGGGGGCGGAGGUUGAGACCGGCGAGACGGCAUGGGAGGCGGCGGUGGAGGCGUCCACAGAGGAGGGGAUAGCGGAUGCUGCGGAGGGCGAAGAAGCGGAGGCCAUCCGAGAGGCGAAGCUGAGGGCGGUGGCGGCAGAGGCGGCCGUGGAUGCCACGAGCAGCGACCACAGCGCUGCCCUGGUCGCUGCGGCGUCUGCGGCCGCUCGCAGGGAGAGGGCGGCGGCGGUGCUGAGUGACGCGCUGGGAGAGACGCCCGCUACCCGAGGAGAGGCGUCGGCGCUCGCAGAGCAGACCUCGUCCCGAGGGGACGCCGGCGGGUGGCUCCGCGACGCGGGUCUGCCUGAGUGCAGCGAGGGCGGGACAGUCGAGCCGCCGCUGAGCACCGUGCUGGAGGCGGCUGCCUCCCUCGCGCAGAGUCUGGCGUGCGUCCGCCGCCCGCUGAUCGCCUGCUCGUCGCUCCUCGGCCGCGCCGCAGUUCUGUACUUGCAGCGCGAGUGCGCGCUCUCCGCUUGGCUCGCUUCGCUCCAGCGGUUCUUGCUCGGGGGUGAUGCGGACUUUCUCGACGCCCUCUGCGCCGAGCUGCACGCAGCAGUCUCGUCCGGCAGCUUCGGAGAUGGGGCCAGCCCGCCGCCCACCACGCUCCAGCGGGCGUUGGAUCUCGCAAUCACGCGCGCCGACAGGGCGGCGGAGGGUGAGGAGGCGGAGUGUGCCGCCGAUUUGCAGCUCGUGUGGGUUUCGCCGAGCGGCAGCGGGUGGAGAACCGCUGACGCGCUUCACCGAGUGGAUGCGUUCGAUGGGCUUUCACUCGCGCUUCCUCUUCCACGGGCGCUGCAUGGCGUGCUCGACGUUGCCGCCUAUCGCGCCGUCUUCCUCUUCUCGUUGCGUCUCAAGCGUGCGUCGCUUGCAGUCCGCUCUCUGUGGAGCGUGUUGCGGCCCGCUUCGGCCGCGCCGGUCCCGCCUGGCGCUCUUCGCAGGCUGAACGUGCACCUCCACCUCCUCGGCCAGUUGCUUCGCGGCAUCGAGGGCCACACCCUCCGCGCCGAUGCCACGUGGGUCGAGCUGCGCUCCGCCGCAUCGGACGUCGCUGCGUCGCCGACGCAGCUGCGCGACGUGCACGAUUCGUGCUUGCGUGAGGUGUCACGCCGCUGCGGCAUCGACGAUCUGGGCGUCCGCGCCAUCGUUGACGCCAUCUUGGGCCUUGCGCUCACACUUGAGCGGGACGUCCAUAUCAAACUAGCCGAGGCCCCCCAUCCCGCCGAGCGCUGCACUCAGGAGGCGGGGUGGCGGGCCAUCGUGGACUCGCAGCAGGAACCUCUCAUCCGCUCGUCCGCACCCGUCACCGCUCACGGAGUGCUCCGCGUGCCGCACCGGCCGCCGCCGGCCGCCGGCCGCUCACGGUAA